AUGGAAACAGAAGGAAUACAGAAAGUCAAGAUAGGAAGAAAGAAAGACGGUCUGGAGUUCGAUUGUUUGGCAUUUGCAGAUGAUCUAGCGAUCUUGGCUGUUAGCUACGAAGACGCAGUAAAGCAAAUUAAUAUCCUAAAGGAAACAGCUGAAAGAGCAGGGCUCCUCAUAUCUUUCGAGAAAACAGAAUACAUGACAAAUGUUGAGCAAGGCCCCAAAUUCCUUGAAACUAUAUACGGGAAAAUAAAGAAAGUCGCAAAAUUCAAAUACCUUGGAGAAAUAAUCCAAUCGAAUGGAUUAGAUAAAGAAGCCAACAUGGCAAGAACAAGAAAAAUGGAAACCGCGUUCCAUUUGACAAAAAAUGUCUAUAAUAAAAAGUCCAUCUCUCGAAAUACGAAACUGAAACAUUACGACACUGUGAUUAAACCAGAAGGCUUAUACGCUUCUGAAUGCCUGGCGAUGAACACAGCCAAACAGUUAGAUGAACUCGAGAAGAAGGAAAGGAAGGUAAUUCGAAAAAUCCUCGGACCAAACUAUGAAGAUGGUAAAUGGAAACUCAAAAGUAACAGGGAACUAUACGAGAAAACAGAAAGAAUAACGGACACAAUGAGGAAGAGGAGAAUAACAUUCUAUGGACACUUGAGCAGAAUGAAUGAUGAUAGACUAACAAAACAAUUAUUUGAUUAUUUUGAUAAAAACCCAAAAACGCAUAUGCCAUGGUUCAAGGGGGUCAAGUCUGACCUGGAGGAAAUGGGGAUAACAAGGAUGGAUGUGGAUAACAGAGAGGUAUUCAGAUCAAAGGUUAAAAACUUUGUUGGUUUUCAAGCUAAGCUAAAGAAGAAGACAGGAGGUGUAUGGACAGAAGAAAGACGAAAGCAACAAAGCGAAAGGAUGAAGGACUACUGGAGGAUAAGAGCAAGAGAGAAAAGAAAAUCAUGA